AUGUCAUACAAUGACCACCUCGUUCAUGCCCACGGCGGCGCUGGCCGUCGAGGUAAACGGGUCUGGAAGGCUUGCGAGCGAUGCCGCAUGAAGAAGACCAAGUGCGAUGGUGAAUUUCCCUGCCAGCGUUGCAACGAUGAUGGUUUGAUCUGCACUGCGAGUGUCAGAAAGAGACCUGGUUACAAACAGCUGCCAAGCGGCUACGCCGAGGUACUGGAGAACACCCAAUUGGUUCUUGUCGCGACGAUCCGCAAGCUUUACGAAAUGGUUCGUAAUCAUGAUGAGUGGCAUCUUGGGGAACCCCGUUGCAACGACCGUGGACAAGCCAUCAUCCACAAUAUUGCCCAGAAGCUGGCCUGUAUUCGUUCCAAUGGAGAUAUCGAUCUUCCCGUCCAGUCUGUGUUCCCUGAAGACAUGGAGGGCAUGAAGCAUCUUGCCAAUAUCCUCAGGAAGCAACAGGCGGGUUUAGAGGCUGAGGACGGCUCCAAUCAGAGCAGUGACGGGUUCAGUAGCUGCAGUACAGAGGCCAUGUCCCCUGAAUACCACUCUGAUUUGGACCACGAGUUGUGCGUUAUGGCCCCUGAGAGCCAGGACAGCCCUCUACAGAGGUCCUACACCCCAGAGAACAUUGGAACUGCCAGCAACCAGCUCGCCCUCGCGGAGAAUUCCGAUCUCGGAAAUUAUCAAAUUUACCCAUCAUCACAGCUCGAUGAGUUCUCUUAUGCGUUGGAGACGUCAAUGUUCCAGCCUUGCUACAAUAUUGAGAGCAGCAGAAGCCCACCACAGGCUCAGUUUAACACAACAGCCGUUAGUACUGAGCCAUUUGGACCCAAUACCGAGUUUGAGCCUAUUAUGGCGCAGACGACGUCUGAAAAAGACUCCCGGGACCUUUUCAUGCCUUUAAAUAUCCACUUAUCUUGGGAGUAUUCCAAGCCAAGAGCUGUAGACGACUCAAUGCUGAGUCGCUUCAUCAAGCAAGAGACGCUCUCAGCUCAUUCUGAGGCAACUAGUCAGCUUGAAGAACCAGUGGAAUAUUCUGCAUAUGUAGGAGGCUUCUAA